AUGUCGGCUCUGGUUCACGACUCGCCCGACCGAGCCGUUACAGCCAUUGAGCCUUUGACAGGAAGCGACAACUUCGCAACAUGGAAACGUCUCAUGACCUCCUACCUCAAGGCAAGGCAGGUCUGGGAUGUCGUGUCGGGCGACCUUGAGCGUCCUGACUGUUCUUUCAAGUACGCCAAGCCUAUUACGGCGGACAUCCACCCCCUGGUGGAAUCGCACCUCGUGGGGGCGGUGAGGCAACGCGCCAUCGAAGCGCGCCUCGAAGUGGAGGUCCAGGCAUUCGAGCGUCACCGUGAAUGGUCGCGCCGCGAGGCCGAAGCCUACCACACCAUCUUCCGCUAUCUGUCCCCUCAUAUCAGUAUCCAUGUCGCGGGGCUGGAGACAUCCCGCGACCUCUGGAAUGAGCUCGAAGAGCGGUACCGACGGAUGGAACUCGCGACGUUCUGCGAGCUGUUUGCUCAGCUUCGUGAAACCACCGGCGAGCGCUGCGGUAGUGCCCGCGAAUUUGUCGAUCGUGUACGGAUGCUAAUCGGACCAGAAUACAUCCUGAUCGUGGAUGCGAUCCAAAAUGAUAAGGAUCCCGUCAACCCAGCGACUAUUGGCAACCGUCUAGCGAAUGCUGAGCAGACGGUGCAGCGAAAGGACGCAGCGACGUUCCCGCAGCGAGUCCCCAGCGGAACAAGCAACCCUUCCAUCAAUACGGUGCAGAAGAACACCAAGAAAUGCAACUACUGCAAGAAGCGCGGCCAUGUAGCUGCGGAGUGCUGGAAGAAGCAGCGCGAACAACAGCCGCCCAGGGACCAUGCCCUGAAGGCGGAACGGAGUGUUUCCGGCUCACCAAGGAGCAACCUACAAAACAUACCAUCAAGCCAGAUGGAAGAUCGGCAGGGCCCGCCGACUUCCAAGAGACCGCGGAUCAAUAUCGUGAGGGCGAGGGUGACGACCCUUUAUACCCACGCACCGUCACCCCGGUGGAUCCUGGACUCGGCCGCCACCAGCCACAUCUGCUGGGACCGCAGCUGCUUCAGCAGUCUUAGGUCUCAUCGUGAGAUGUUGGACACGGCGGGCGAUCCAGUGGAAGCUGAAGGGAUUGGUACGGUGAAGCUCACGCUCCGGGGGAAGUUCAACCAACCCCUGGUGUUAAAGAAUGUAUACUUCGCGCCACGCGUUGGGAUGAACCUGAUCAGCGUGCCGAAGCUGUUGCGAGACCGCUAUUCGGUGGUGGCGCACCCGCAGAACGUCUUUGUGCAACGCCGAGGACGGACGGUGGGGACCGCCUACCAUACGGAGGAGGAUCUACUAAUCCUGCGGUGCUAUUUGAGUAAGAGAUCCCGAGAGCGAGUCCAACUGGCGAGGGCGCCGGCGACCCAUGACCAUGCAGAUUCCCUGGAACUACAGGCGGUGGCCAUGGACGUCGACGACCCUCAGGAGUCAAGUGACGUAGAAUGUACAGCGUCAACCUCUGAACUCGGUGGUGAAGCUCGGAUACUCGAAGAAGAUGCGAGCAAAGGAGUGGACCAGGCCUCCGAAGCGCUGUGGCACGCUCGGAUGGGACAUCUGAACCGGGGCGACUUGCGGGUGGUCCUCCGGCAGACCGGCACUCCGUAUUGA